GUGACAUCACUGUGAGAGGCGUGGGCACUGCUGGGAUUGUUUGAGGUGCUGAAAUACUUCAGUGCUGUUUAAAUCCUCUGAGAAAGGAGUUUUUUCCCCGGAACAUUGGGGUUUGUGGGCGUUUGCUUUUUCCUAUUUGCCUGUGACACUGAGGUGUUUCUAUAGGUGGGUUUUAGAGAAGGAGAUCUGCAGGGGAUCAGUCCAUCAGCCCAGCACCCCCCAGAGAUCUCUGGUACAUAGACUUUUCCCUGAGAAUCUAUACCAGUUCUUGUAUAUUGUCAUUGAACUGCCACCAAGAUGCCAAAUUGCAUAGUUGAGAACUGUGGCAACUCAAGCUACAAGGCGUCUGAGAAAGGAGUUAAAUUGCACACGUUUCCCACAAAAUUGGAGAGGGUCAAACUGUGGCUUAAGGCCAUUCCCCAGAAAUACGAGGACCUGGAAUCUUUUGCACAGCAAAUUUUAGAGGCAAAGAAGACCAACCCAUACCGAGUGUGCUCCGACCACUUCCCCAGGGAAUGUUACAGUGGGGCAAAUGGAAAGUGUAUCUUAUCCAAAAAUGCCGUCCCUAGUGUUUUUUCUUGCCUGCCCCCACCUGCCAAGCGAUUCUGUAUGGAUCCGGCACAUUCUGGUUGGAAAGAAAAACCCAAGGGGGUCGACGUCAGCACCCGGACGGACAUAUACAACUUCGGCAGGGAUCGGGGCACUCAGUUUGAUCGUUACUAUGGAGUGAAAAGUAGAAAGGUUGCCACGGAUCCCAAGAGCUUUACAAGGGAUGUGGCAACACUCACGAACCCACGGAUACAAACGUCUGAGCCUCAAAUCAGCAGCUGGGGAAAGAAGUUCAAGAUCAUCACUCCAAGGCUGUCUGUGAAUACAGCAGAUAAAUACUCACAGUGUAAUGAGUAUGAUUUCUACACAAACCAAAGAGGAUUCUUCAAGGCAAGUCGAUCCCAGAGGGACCAAGUGGAGAUCUCGGAGGAACAAACUGACGCAGUGAUGGGAAAUAUGAAUAAUAAUCAGCGGAAUGAGAAAAUUCUUAAUCUCACGCUGGAGAUUAUCUAUCUGCUCUCGGGAGAGGACUUCACUGUAAUGAAAAAGUCUGACAAUGGCGUCCCGCAGAGAUGCAAUGAUUGUAUGUUGGAAGGAUUGUGCAGGCGCCAUACUCCAACUGUGACUCAAAUGUCCAACUCCGUCAUACAGAAGGAGAAUGAUAAGAUUGCGCUGGAGCUCCUGUCCAACAUCAUCCAGCUGCUGACUGGAGAGGAGUGGGAGUAUUUAAAUGGAAAUAAGGCCCUUUACAGUGCAGAGAUAAUGGACAAUAACCAGCAGCUUUGCUCAAGGGAUUGUGACUAUGGAGAGAUGAGAGAGAUUGCAGCUCACCCGCAAGCAGCAUUGUGCAGUAAAGCUGUCUCAGGCAAGACUGCGGGUACAAAUGCAGUUGGCAGAGAUGGCUGUCUGACAAACCCUUCUACACCCAAAUACCAUGCACUAGAAAUUACUAUUAAAGAGGAACCUCCUUCAUGGGAAGAAGAAAAUGAUUCAAUCCAUACCCCAUCAAAACAGGUGCAGGGAACAGAUACAUCUCGUACCCCAGGAGGCACCUCAGCUAAUGUUAUAUCAACGUCUAUUAAAGAGGAGCCAAUUUCAUAUGAAGGAGGAAACCAUGCAGAUCCACUGAGAAAACAGACCCAGGGAACAGAAACAACUACUCCUAUUAUGGGAUGCAGCAGCAGCAAUGACAGCUUGUCCUCUACUACUAUAAGCGAGGAGCCACGUUUAUGUAAAAGAGGAAACCAAUCAGAUGCCCCGCCUCCAAAUAUGAGAAGCAGCCCAAACGCUGGCGCUAAUUCCAUAUCAGAUGCUAAAAAAGAGAAGCUUGCUUCAAAGUGCAGCAUUGAUCCACUUACAGGACAGACACAGGGGACAGAUACACCCACUCCUAUUAUGGGAUGCAGAAUGAAUAACAGGUAGUCUGAAUGAAUUCAUAGAGAGACAGGAGACUCAACUCUUCCAACCAUUCCAGUUCCAUUAGACAAACCACAUAUUUGCCUUGUAGGGGGGAUUGUAGGAAGAGAUUCAGUAUUGCUGGUAUGUUGGAAAACAUGCCCAGCUGGGAACAUUUUCUUGUUCUACAGGUGGAAACAUUCUCUUGUUCUACAGGUGGGAAAUGUUUUACUCCUGUAAAGAACCCCAUGAGCUUCCUGAGGCUUUAGUGUGUAGUAAACUGGACACAGGCUGUUGUACAAUUCUUACUCGUUGCCUGACAAAGCAGAAGGGUCAGGAGAGCAGCCCCCUAAUUCUCAAUGCCAGUAUUGAAAUGAUACACCUUGCUGUAGCGCACGAUUCCUGGAAAUUAGCGAUGCCCUGAAUCCAGGAUUUGGCUCGCGAUUAGGCCAGGAUUCAGCCUUUUUCAGCAUUUGGAUUCAGAUUUGGAUUCUGCCGAAUCCUUGUGCCUGGUCGAACUCAAUCUGAAUCCAAAUUUGCAUAUGUAAAUUAGGGGCAGAAAGGGAAGUCGCAUGACUUUUCGUCACAAAGAAAGGAAGUAAAAUUAAUCUUUCAUGAAGUAUUCGGGUAUUUGGCUGAAUCCAAAUUAGUGUAUUCAGUGCAUCCCUACUGUAAAUAUUCUCAAUUUGUAUCCGUUCACUGUGAUUUUAGAAUUUGUGUUUUCUUUUAUCCUCUAACAAACAUUCAGUUCUGCCAUUGCUUUAUCAUGUUCUGCUGCUGUAAUUAAACGUGUGUCAUAAUGUA